UGAAAAAUUUCGUCUCCAUUCUUUUUGAGUGGGGACCUCGCGAGAUCGAAUGAUUAGAUUUUCGUGUCUUAGAACACCACGUCCGGGGCUGGGUUUGUUCUCAACCCAUCAUCAAAUCGAACUGUUUAAUCAAAUCGUACAACGUGGGUUCUCAGCCCAGAGCGUCCAAUUAGCCGACGACUCAGAGAAUUGCUCUUGCUCCACCGCAUUGGAGCUUAAUUCUCAUACAUACGCUCGGAUGUUCCAGGACUGCACCGGCAAUGACAAUGCCAGAAAGUGGGGUUUGGGAAUCCACUGUGAUGUCCUUAAGAGGGGGAACUGGUUGGAUUUGUUCGCUAGGAACGUUCUUCUUAACUUGUAUGUGAAAGAAGGCCUCCUCGCUGACGCACGAACUUUGUUUGAUGGAAUGCGGGACAGGAAUACUAUUUCAUUUGUUACCUUAAUUCAGGGAUAUGCACAGUCUCUCCAAUUUGACGAGGCAAUCGAGUUGUUCAUCAGGCUUCGUAGAGAGGACCAUGAGCUCAAUCCCUUUGUCUUUACAACAAUUCUGAAGUUGCUUGUGAGUGCGGGUUCUGCUGAGCUUUGUUGGCUAAUCCAUGCCUGUAUUUUUAAGCUUGGCCAUGAUUCAGAUGCGUUUGUUGCAACUGCUCUCAUUGAUGCCUAUUCAGUGUGUGGACUUGUUGAUGGAGCUAAGAAAGUAUUUAAUAAGAUUGCUGAGAGGGACAUGAUUUCUUGGACUGGGAUGAUAGCUUGCUAUGCUGAAAAUGAUUAUUUCAAUGAGGCUUUGGAACUCUUCUCCCAAAUGAGGAAGGUCAACCUCAAGCCAAACAAUUUUACUUUCGCUAGCUCACUUAAGGCCUCCGUCGGUCUGCCUUCCUUUGACUUGGGCAAGGGCAUCCACGGAUGUGCCUUAAAAACCCGGUAUGAGCUGGAUCUUUAUGUAGGCUGCGCUUUGCUCGACUUGUACACUAAGUUUGGAGAUAUUAAUGAUGCUCGGAUUGUUUUUGAGGAGAUGCCUCAAAAACAUGUGAUUCAUUGGAGUUUCAUGAUUGCGCGUUAUGCGCAGAGUGAUCGAAGCGAGGAGGCCUUGAAGCUAUUUUUUCGGAUGAGACAAGCCUUAGUGGUCCCUAAUCAGUUUACAUUUGCAAGUGUUUUACAGGCCUGUGCAACCAUGGAAGCUCUAGUAUUGGGGAAGCAAACACAUGGCCAUGUUCUGAAGGUUGGACUUGAUUUUGUCAUUUUUGUAAGAAAUGCCCUUAUGGAUGUCUAUGCUAAAUGUGAAAUUAUGGAUGACGCUGUGAAAUUAUUUGUGGAGUCACCAGAAAGAAAUGAUGUGACUUGGAAUACACUGAUUGUGGGGUAUGUGCACCUAGGGUAUGGAGAGGAGGCUCUAAGACUCUUCUCUGAGAUGGUUAAUGACCUAGUCCAGCCAACCCAAACUACAUUCUCUAGUAUUCUUCGUGCUUGCGCAAACUUAACAGCGUUGGAGGCAGGUCUUCAGAUCCACUGUUUGACAGUAAAAACCAUCUUCGAUAAGGACACAGUAGUCUGUAAUGCUUUGAUUGACAUGUAUGCCAAGUGUGGGAGCAUUAAAGAUGCCCGUUCCAUAUUUGAUGGUAUGAGCGAACGAGAUGAAGUUUCUUGGAAUUCUAUGAUCUCAGGAUAUUCCCUACAUGGUUUAAGUGAAGACGCUCUGGGGAUUUUUGAGAAGAUGAGGGAAACAGAAAUUAGGCCCAACAAGAUAACCUUUAUAGGUGUCCUAUCAGCAUGUAGCAACAGGGGUUUGGUGGAUUGGGGCCAGUCAUAUUUUCACUCCAUGGUUCAGGACUAUGGUAUUAUGCCAUGCAUAGAGCAUUAUACUUGCAUGGUAUGGCUUCUAGGACGUUCAGGUCGUCUUGAUGAGGCUCUUAAGUUCAUUGAAGAAAUUCCGUUUGAGCCUAGUGUUAUGGUGUGGAGAGCUUUGCUUGGUGCCUGUGUAAUACACAAUGAUAUUGAGCUUGGAAGAAUUUCUGCGCAGCGGGUCCUUGAGAUGGAACCCCAUGAUGAGGCAGCGCACGUAUUAUUGUCAAAUAUGUAUGCCACUGUGAAAAAAUGGGACAGUGUAAUUUCCAUCAGGAAAUACAUGAAACGGAAAGGAGUCAAGAAAGAACCAGGCCUUAGCUGGAUUGAAAGCCAAAGCAAUGUUCAUUAUUUCAGUGCAGGUGAUAGAUCACACCCUGAUGUACGGAUAAUUAAUGGGAUGCUGGAGUGGCUGAACAUAAAGAUUAGAAGGGAAGGGUAUGUUCCCAACCGUAAUGUUGUUUUGCUUGAUGUCGAGGAGGAUGAAAAAGAAAGUCUCCUUUGGUUACACAGUGAGAGACUAGCUUUAGCUUUUGGGCUUUUUAGAACACCACCUGGGUGUCCAGUUCGUAUCAUUAAGAACCUCAGAAUAUGUGCAGAUUGCCAUGCUGCAAUCAAGUUGAUAUCGAAGGUAGUUCAGCGUGAAUUCAUUGUUCGAGAUAUGAAUCGUUUUCAUCAUUUUGAAGAUGGUGUUUGCUCCUGUGGUGAUUAUUGGUGAUGGUUGUGCUCUAAAGACAGAAAAAAAUCCUGUGGACUGAGGUGCCCAAUGCUUGGGUUUCGGUAUGUGGCAGGUUGGAGAGACCCGUUGACAUUAACUGUGAUUACAACAAUAUCAUACAGAGUCACUCAACAAAUUGGUGGCUCAUUGAUGACUAUAUUUAGCUGUUAGGAAAAGGAAUCUAAGGGAGGUUAAGCCACGUGGAAAAUCAACCAAUGCAACAAUGCAGGUGAUUCACUUGCACGGAAUGUGGCCUUUGGAAGCCUUCAUUUGAUUGGUUAUACUUACAAAAUUUCCUACCCCAAGGAUCAUCCUGGUUGGAUGAUUACAAUAUCCACCCAUAAGGUCCUUGUAGUUUGCCAUUUGCUGUUAUUUUUUCUUCUCUUUGGGAGAGGAAAGAAAGAAUGAUAUGUAUGAACUAGAGGAGAAGUAGACCUAAGAUCUGAGGAUAUAUGUUACAUAUGGUUUCAUCCUCAAUGAAACUAUUCAGAGGGUGCAAUUUUGUCUCAAGUCUCAGGUACAGUAUCACAGAAGUAGCCAAAAAACUC